GAUUCGCAUUUCCAAAAAUUGAUAAAAAUUAUUAAUUAAAACCUAGUUUUAUUUAUUACUUUCUCAUUUAUAAUAAUUUUGCAAAUAAAACACCUGAUUCUCCAAAAAUAGCAUGUUUGGAAGUAUUAAAUAAUAAUCUGUACGAACGGUAGUGACUAGCGUCCAGUUAGGUUAACUUAGCAUGUGUUCAGUUUUUUUGGAUAUAAAUGUCAUGAUUUUUUUAUUUGUCACAAAAUAGUACUGGAAGUAAUUUUAGUCUUUUAAACUGCUCAAACUCUCCGACAUUACUUUUUAUUUAAAUUAAAAUGAAAUUUUACGUAGAACCGUUGUCCAAAUGCACCCAACGUUUGGGCUCUCUUUCAGAGAUCGAAUCCAAACCGACAGUUAACAUAAAGACUCCUGCUGUAAUGUUGCAUACACAGGGCGGACAAAUUCCUCAUAUAACACACGAAGUAUUCAAACUGGUGAGUAGAAAGUCGCAAAUACUUCAAAUUCCCUUAGCUGGAAUGCAUACAUUUAAAGAAGCAAUGCAGUAUUAUGAGGGCACCAUAUCAAGUUUUAUUGGCAGUAAGGACAGUCUCUCAUGUUUGACUUUACAAGACCCUUGUAAUAUAACAAAACAAGGCCAUCAUUCUACUUUGAAAGUUCCAAUUUGGACAAAGAAUGGCAAAGUUUACUAUGACGCUAAAAGUUACAUGGACGUUGUGGAGUCUUUUAAACCAGACAUCUAUUUCCUGCUCUCUGAUGGAGAUACAAAUAUUAGCAGCUCUGAGAAACGAAUAGCAAAAUCUGUCAGUAAUACCAUGAACUUUUAUAAAGAAUGUUUGGAUAGACACAGAAAAUCAGACGCUUUGAAACAUUCCUUUGUAAUUGCACCUAUAGUUGGGGGUUACAAACAAAUAUCUAGAGAACGCUAUAUUAGUUUUAUACUCGAAGACAUGAAAAAUGUAGAUGGAUUUUUAAUAGAUGGCCUCCAUAAUAACGGACCAGAGGCUGAAUUUCUAGAGUUUAAUGAGAUAGAACCUAUAGUUAGAUGUAUUUUGAAUAAAAUACCUACUGAAAAACUGCGUGUAGUGCAAGGUUGCUGGAACCCAGUUAACAUAAUCAAUUUGGUGGAGCUAGGAAUCGACUUGUUUGAUACUUCAUAUUGUCACAUACUUACAGAGAGGUCAGCUGCAAUGACAUUUGCCAUCGAAAUAACAGACCAAACCAACACUUAUGAGAUCAAUCUUAGAGACUCAAAGUAUGUGGAUGAUUUCCAGCCAGUUUUAAUAGGGUGUGAGUGUUUGUCAUGUACCAAGUAUUCUCGAGCAUACAUUCAUCAUUUGUUGUCAGUACAUGAGCUUCUGGGGCCUAUAUUAGUGAUGAUCCAUAACGUGUAUCACUAUUUGCGAUUUUUCGAAAAAAUAAGAAGCUGCAUUCAAAAUAACACACUGCAAACCCUUCAACUUAGUAUUACAGAACAAUUCAGGAAUCAUCAAAAAACAAAAUGAAGCACAAAAAUACGUUUUUAGCACAAUUUAAAAUUAUAGUUGUGACUGUAAGAUAUUUUUAUACCAAAUAUAAAUUGUCUGUUUAAUGAG